AUGCCUGCGUCAGAAAAUCCGGGUCCGCCCACGCGCCCGUCGGCAUCUGGUGCCCCCGCCGAUGCAGUCAACGCGUCCGAUGCGCCCUCGCUUUUGAGCGAAGUUGUAGGCCCUCUUGUACGAUCAUACAAGAAAAGCAAGAAAGAUGCUUUUCAACCGGCUAUUGUGGCACAGCAACUGGCCGAGGGUGCCAAUCGUCUGGCGAUUCUACAAGCGCAAGGCGCAUGGCAGGAUCUGACCGAUGCUCUUGAAAAGUGGGACGAGAAGCGAACUUCCAACCUGGCUCGGGUAGUAGCCCAUUUUUUGAAAUCAUGCUGGCAAAACAUUGAGACCGCCAACAACAGCUUGCCAGCCUCCCGGCGCGCUCCUGAUUUGGCGGCCCGUAUCCUCCAUGUGAUUUGGAAUCUGGAUGAGAGGCGCCUGGAAACCAAAGAAGAUCAAAUCGUUUCGCAGGUCGACAAGGCCAAUUUGUCCAUUAUGCGACUAAUCAGCCGUGCCAGCCUGCUCCGAGGCGUCAAUUUGGUCACUACUCCCCUGUCCCAAGCGUCGUCUGCAGCCGACCUGUCCAUGGAUGAUUCGAUGCGUAUCACUUGGUCACCCUUGGCUUUGUACGAAGAUAUUCCAUCCAAGCUUCACGCACCCAUUCUACAUCGCCUCACUAAUAAAUUUGCCGUCUAUCAGCCCAAAACAAAAGCACUUGAGCAGCUCGAAGAACAAGUUGCAGAGAGCAGUAGCGCCACUGAGGUGUAUGGCGGCACGGCCACCACCAUUGAAUUGGUCUUGGAGCGUUUCCCAGAAGCAGCUCAACCAGUCGCUGACCUCCUCGCAAGUGGCGCCCGCUCGGGGCCAAGCUUGCAGAGCUUUUUUUCGCGUCAUCUACACGAACGCAAGCUGCUUCAUGCGUGUCUCCAAACGGCUGUUGGCAGUGAGAUUGCUGCCAUCUUGUUUCAAAAAGGCUGGAAUGAUCGACAACGCUGGAUGUCCUUUGACGUGGCCCUGCAAGGUGUGCACGAAGGCAAGGUGGAACCUCGAGCUGCCUCAAACUUUGUCGCUGUGUUUGUCUCGCCACUUGAGCGCCGCCUGCACAAGCUGGCGCAGGAAGAGCGCCGGCUGGAAACCGGCACGGAGACCAACCACGAUGUGCUCACCGAGCUGGACAACCUUGAGGAGGAGGACAUUGACGGGGACGUCCAUCACAAGCACGAAGCGCCUUCUGCUCUGAAACUGCAUGAGCUUGAACCACUUGAUGCUCUUGAGCUUGGGUGGGUAAAAGAUAGAUGGAUGCAUCAAAACCCGCCAGUGCUGUGCGACCAUUGGCUUGCUCUCUUCGCGAUUUGCUGCGACGAUGAGACGAGAUAUCUGCCAACCUACCUGUGUCAGCUGUUUCAGGAUGAUGCAGAGCUUGGCCCCUUGAUCCUUACUUCCAUUGCCCAUCGCUUAUCAAAAUUGGAUCUCCGGGUUGUACAUCGCCUGCUGAUUGGAGUCAACGAGUCGGCUUCGAUUCAGUAUCGCGAAGAAAUGUCUCGACUUGCUCGCCUCGUGCUAGCACAUCUCGCGCGCCCCGACGCACAUGCAGACUUUGCAGCAACGGACUUGGCGGUAACAGCCGCAAACUACCUUUACCAAACACACAAUGCGCUGAACCUGAAGCCCGAAGCGCUUCUUGCGUUGCAGUCCUGCAUCAAUUCCGUGCUUCAACAGCGUGAGGAGCUGUCUUAUGUUCACUUGGGCAUCCUUUUGCUUGCAGAGCGCGUCGAGCAACUAGACGCUACGGAAGCAGCCUUGCUUAAAGCCGCGAUUAAGAUGUCGACUUGGUCUGGCUCGGACGACAUACCCGUACACAAAGCUUUUUUGACAGCCAUUGAACGGUUGGGGGUGCACGGCCCCACGAGGGGCAUAGCGGAUGCUAUACAAGCCCUCAUCGCACAGCUUCUACACGUUGAAGGUGUCAAUACUAACCAUCUGCUGUGGCAAGCAAUGGAAGUCCUGUGCAAGGCAAACGCUGCUGACAUCUACAAUGCGCUCAAUGCUGACCCGCAUUUUCUUCUCCUCCUGUCGCGCCUUGCCUUUGAGGACUGGGCUGGUGUUCGCUCGUCCACUGUCUGCUCUCUUUUCAGUCAUCAUCUGACCCGCAAGCCCGCUGCAGGACAAUCCCCUCCACAAGGUUCUCCUGCCAAUUUGGUCAAGAGCAUCGCAAACGUGCAAUUCGAUGAUCGGGCUCUCUUGACCCACGCCGGCUGCUUGACCUUUGAGGAUGUCGUCAAACCCCUGCAGGGCUUAGGCUGGAACGAAGAGGAGUAUGCUUCCUACUGCCGUCGCGCAGGAGUGCAGCUAGAGCCUUUGGAGCGCAGCGAGCUCACUUUGGAACACCUUCGACAGAUCGUCUUUGGACUGGCGCACUUUCGACGAGUGCUGCUCGAGGGCGAAACCGGUACAGGCAAAACCCACAAGACACUGCACUGCGCGCACAUUGGGCGGCAGGUGAUUUUGCGCUUUAAUGGAUCGCGCAACACGACCGUGGAGGAUUUGAUGGGACGAAUCACGAUGAACGAUGAAGGAAGCUUCGUGUUUGCUCCAGGCCCAGCGCUCUUGGCCUUUGCGCAUGGCUAUUGGUUUUAUUUUGACGAGGUCAAUCUCGUGCCCGAAUCAGUUGUCGAAGUGCUGGAGCGCUUGUAUGGGAAAGAUGUCAACAUCGCUACAUAUACCAAGCAUUUUCCUAUCGAGCAUGCUCCGUCACUCACAACGGGCGCUGCUUUUCCCGUUGACACGGAUGGUUGCCUUGAAAUGACCAGUCGGCAUGCCAAAUUCCGCAUCAUAUGCGCUCAAAACCCGGCUGGUGAGCGGUACGCUCGUGAGACGCACAGCCAAAGUCUGCGCAGUCACUUUCAUGCGAUUGAAAUCAAUUGGGGUGGAACCGAGGCGCAGCGCAAGUCUGAAUUUCGUGCCCUCAUUCAACCGACUGUUCAGGCAACGGAGCAUCUUGACCUAAACGAGAAACAACAAUUCGUCGAAGAGCUUGUUGACUAUCAUUUCUUUGUGACCAACAGCCGUGACGAUCUGCAGCAGCUUGAACUAAAGCAUGGGCUUGUGUCUGAGCACCCACACUACAUGGAAUUCACUGUCCGUGAGUUGAAGCGAGCUGCCGUAGCCUUUCGGGACCUCAUUCAGGUAAAAGGCUGGAACGAUGGCAGCCGCACCAUCUUGCUAGCCGUGGUCAAGACACUGUACGGGGCUCGUCUACAGUCCACCCAGGCUCAAGAUCAUAUUGCCCCAGAACCGUUCUUUGCCCUGUUGACCAACAGCCAUAAUGCCCAAGAACCUAUGCCGGAGCAGCAAGAGAAGUGUGACAUUAGCCUCCACGCUGAUACGGUCUUGAUCGGUGGUAUCCCCUUGCCCAGACAGCAUCAAACAUCAGAUCACCUCAGGGAUGCGGCCCAAUGUGAGCAGGAGCAAGAGCAAGCUGUGCGCUUGGCAAAUGCCGCAUAUCAUGUCGUGGCCACUGAAUUGCUUCGACCAGAGGUGUGGCAAACCUUUGGCCUUUACGACAUUGGCAACUCAAGCGCCAAGCAGGAUUUGAUCUUGGCAGUCAAGCGACAGUUGGCGAACAAGGCCACCCUAACCUGUGCACUAGCCCAUGCGCUGGAGACAUCCAUUCUGCUCAAGAUUCGUCACGGCGCUUUGCGUAACCAGCUCUUUGAGCUCGUGGCAGCGGCCAUGAACGACCAGGGUGACUUGCAGCUAAUUCGGUGCCCUGGCCUUCAACCUCUUGAGCGCCUCUCCAUCCAGGCCCUUGCUCCAAUCACUGUCGAGGAUAUCUACCCAACCUUGCGCACCAUGGCAGUUGCCAUUUAUCUUGAUGUGCCCAUCCUGCUUUGUGGAAGUGCGGCCGGGAAGCUGACUGCUGUUCGUGCCAUGUCUGCGCUUCUUGGUCGCGACUGGACGCAACUGUAUCUCACCGCCCAAACGACUGUUGAGGACCUGGUCGGCUUGGCCGUGCCGUCUGGAGACGGACAGGAGAUGAUUUGGCAUCGAGGUCACCUGGUACGAACCCUGGUCCAUGGUGGCAAUCUAGUCCUCAACAACCUGCUACAAGUGCCAACCACUGUCCUUGAGCGUAUGAACCCCGUCUUUGAAGGAAAGGCGAAAUCUUUUGUGGAAACCGAACGCGGCUCGACCAGCCCAAUUGCAUCUCAAGACAUGAGCAUUCAUGCAAGUUUUAUCGCCAUCGUGGAGCGACGUACUCAAGCAUUGACACCGUCGUUUGGCAACCGGUUUUGCCAAAUUUGCGUCAGAGACAGCCCCUGCUCGGAUCGCAUUUUAAGGUUGAGCAUGGGUCAUGCGCUACAUCGCUCCGUUCCAAGUGACCCUGACGUGGUCCAGGCAUGCCAAGAGCUCCAAAAGAUGCAGUCAAAACUCGGUCUAACUCUUCACCAAACGGUCUUGAUUGCGGGAGGGGCCUUGCGCCUGAGCCAGCUGAGCUUGGAAGGUGUUUGUCCCUGGUUGCCCUCAUCCGCACUCGAAUGCGUCCAGGUUUUGGAGUUCUUGCUUGAUCCUGGCCGCAUCUCUGAAGACUCGCCCGUUGAUGUAUUGAAGCCUGUGAGCGCCUGGAUGGACACAUCUCUUGAGCCCAGCUUUUUUGUGGACGAACGAGAAACACCCAUUGUCUAUAACAAUGCCAAUCGUGUUCUUUUGGCCUUUCUGGCUGCACUGCCAAGUAUUUUCGAAGGAGAUCAAGCCGUCGGCAAGACUGCGACCGUCACUGCACUUAUGAGCCGGCUUUACGGAAGCCAAGAGCUACCGCUCCGUCAAACGAACAGCGGCAACACUCAUGCCGCAGACUACAUGGGUGCAUGGGACAUUCAAGCUGGCACGCGCUUCUUUUACCGCCCUGGCCCGCUUCUCUCAGCCCUUGCCGAAGGACGCUGCUUCAACAACGACGAGAUAAAUCUUGCAGACGGGGCAACGCUCUGUCAAAUCCUUGUCCCACUUCUGGAUGGUGCAAGUGUGGCUCUGUCAGAUGGGACCAAGGUCUCAGCCAAACCUGGUUUUGCCUUUUUUGGAUGUCAGAACCCCACCUCAUUCGAAGGUCGCAAAAAAAUUCCAUCAAAGUUGGCCGCGCGGCUCUUUACAAUUGGCUUUGCGUCCCUGUCUGAGAGCGAGCUGACUGCCAUUGCACGCAGCUACAACCGUGAUGCCAGUGAGCAGCUGCUCGAAGCGCUUGCCCGGCUGCAGAUUAUGCUGCGCGAACACCCACAGCUCAGGGGCGACCCGGCGUUCACCGUGCGCGACCAGAUUCGACUGCUAAAGCGCAGUGAAAUGACGGCAAGCCGCCGCGCAGAGGCAUCACACGUCAUCCUUGCCACACACACCGCAGCCCUCUUGGCUGCUCGUUCGCGUACCCCCGACAGCGUUUUUCCAGUGGUUGAAGAGGCAUUUAGACUCAAGAUUGCCAACGAGGUCGUCAGCCUCAAGCCCUAUUGGAACGAUCUUCAAAUGGGAACCCAAACGUGUCACUUUGCAUACGAAGGAGCCGAGUUAUGCUUGCCUGGCUCGGUCUUGCGCCUACCCAUUGAAAUGGCCAGCGUGCAUCGUGAAAGACCGAUUCACAGUGACUACUUUCAGUUGCUUGCUAGCGUGCAAAGUCGAGAAAACCCUUUGCUGUUUGGCCCCACCAGCAACAAGUCGCUUCUCAUCGAGCAGUUAGCAUCAGACCUGGGCUUGCCGCUGCAGGUGCUCGUGAUUUGCAAGGGCACCACGACCGAGGACCUGUUGGGCCGUACCCUUCCAAGUGGAUGUGCGGACAUGCUUGAGGCCGUCAUGUGUGACUUGAUUGACACUGGACUCUUUGACUCGGACGAUGAAAGGCGCUGGCAUCGCCUCAAAGAACUGCUUGACUCCUCAAACCUUUUAGAGGAAGAAUUACCCGAGCAGCUGAUCAAAGAACUAUCUUCAUUGAGCAUGGCGGCCUCGAAUUUGUCAAACGACGCCACCGCACGACGCUCUAGUGCUUCUUCGGCACCAUCCUUUGAUGGCGAGGCCGAACUUGAUGACCUCUCUGAGUCUAACCCGGAUUCUGAUUCUGAUUGGGAAUCAAGUUCAGAGUCCAACUCAGAGCCGGGCUUAGAUCACUCGCCAUCUGAGCCCGACUCUGAAGCAAGCGAGGCUCUUGAGUCCGGUGGUGAGUUAGAUGCCACAUCCCAUCUCUGGGAGGCAGCUUCGGACUCUGCAGGAAGCUUAUCAUCUGACGACCAACAAACACGCCAAACGCUGUGCAUAUUGCGCUAUCGCGUUUUUGCCAGCCUGUGUACAGAGCUUGAUCAGGCCCUCGUCGCAUGGCAAGAUCAGCCAGUCAGAACUAGGCAACAAAAACUUCUACAAUGUGCUCAGCAAGGACUCGCUGCCAUCAAGGAGCAAAACAUUAGCGCUGCAAGCUUGGACAGCCCUCGGUUCAGGUUUGUGGACGGCCCUGUCAUCCACACUCUGCGGCGGGGUGGGGUCCUGCACCUUAAAUACAUUGAUGAGGGUGACUCGGCAGUCAUCGAGGGACUCAACUCUCUCUUUUCCCGUGAGCGUGUACUUGAAACCCCUGCUUACGGCCCGUUGAGCAUGGACUCGGAUGCUUGCAUCGUGUGCACGGUCAACACCACUCGCCACAUUGCAGACACAACGAUCAGUCCUGCCCUUCUUUCACGUCUGUCCCCGAUUCGAAUUGCGUCACAAACCAGUCACUCGUUGGCUCCGUCGCUGACUCAGCUUGUCAUGAUGGGGGCCGGUUUGGAAAAGGCUGAAGCAGAGAACAUCGUUGAUGUUGUUUUUGCCGAACUACAUCGGGGCGGAGAGACUGGGCACAUUGAUAGCCGGCAGGCCCGACGCUUGGUGAGCACAUUCCUGGCGUUGCAUCAUGCCAACAACGGCGGUUGGUCAGCUGCAACGGUGACCAAGGAAGCAGUCGCUGCCAUCUGUGAUCACAAAAGUGAUGAUUCACCGCAUGGCAUGUCUAGCACCGCUGCCCAACUUCGUGCACAUCUCGGUGAACCGUGUGAUAUUGACCCCGCCGCGCUCGACGCACAUGUGCUGACCGAUCAGGUGGCUUUGAGUCCUAGUGUCGAUGGCUAUCGCGCCGUGUACCAAGUUUGCAUACCAGUUGGACCUGAUGCGACUUCUCCGCCGCGCCUACCUCAUACCCCGGCAGGUAAUGAGCAGACGUAUCGCUUGGCUCGGCUGCUUGCUAGCGGCCAAGCACCCUUGCUACUGGGACCCUCGGGUGCCGGUAAGCAAGCUCUCAUGCGCGAUUUGGCCGGGUUUCUGGGCUAUUCUUUUGAGGUGCUAACAAUCACACCAGGCACUGCUCCAGACGAACUCUUCGAGUCGUAUGAGCAGUCAAACCGUGGGGGCUUUGUCAAACGCCUGGGCCCAGUGCUCUCUUGCCCCAAGCAACGCCAUUUUUUGAUGCUGAGAAAUGUGCAUUUGGCUAGCGCCGAUGUUGUGGCACGCCUCGUCCACCAUGUGGAAAAUCUUCCACCAGCUGAGCGCCUGUUGAUCUCAGCGAGUGCCUCAAAUGUGCGACAAGUACCCAAGGCAUUGUUCAAGGCAUUUGUGCCGAUUGAUAUUGCACCUGCACUUGACCAUUGCACAAGCACAGAAGAAAUCGAGCAUUUGCUCAAUGCACUAACAAAUUACAGCAGUGAUACCCGUGCUUCGAUGGCCCGCAGCUUGCAGGCAAUCUUUGCUUUGGCCACUCCCGAUGCCGUUAAAGGCCGACGCAUGCCCGCCUUCUCUUUUCGUCAUGUUCAUCAGCUUUUGAGUCUGUUGUCAUCGUUGACGCUGAACACUGCUUUUGGAACAGGCGCGCUCAAUGAGGGCACCCCGAUCGUGUCCCGCGAGCACUUGCGCAUGGCUCUCGAAAUGGUGUUUGCCAGUGGAGGGCUGGGCACCGCCCUCGUUGCGCCUGUUAUUGCUCAGCAUUUUCCGGACAUAACAACGGAACAACGUCGCCAAGCUUUAAGCGAAAUUGGCAUUCGACCCGAUCCAGACAGCCGGUGUUUGCGUCUGGGGUCAAUUUUCUUGCCCAAGGGGCACGGGACAGAUAACGUCCCCUCCAUGCCUCGUGGCUUGAGCAUGACGGCGGAUGAUGCCAUGAUUUUGCAAGAUUUGGCUUUGGCCGUACAAAGUCAAAUUGGUGUCAUCUUGAGUGGUGGCGCUGCUGCUGGGAAGGUUCUGAUGGUCAAGGCACUGGCACACAUGGCUCAGCGCCCCCUCAUCGUUGACACCCUGACAAGCGCUACCGAGGCUCAGGAUUUAUUUGGUCAGCUGCACGCAAUUCCCGGUCACCUCCGGCUGGCCCAGCUCAUCCAACGCUUCCGACAAAGGCUACAACAAUCUUUCGUCGGGCUCUUGAAUGAACAUGAGCGAUUUUCUAACGACGUUGGAAUUCUGCAGGAGGCCUUGCGGUCAGUUCAGCGUCUAGAAAGCCUGUCGAAGGCAGUGGCAGACGCCCAUGCUCAUGCAACCCCUGAUCAUCAAGCAACCAAUUCAACUAAAGCACAGGAUGCUAUGCCAGAACAAGGCCGCUUGCAAGUUGAGCUCGAUGUGUUGGGCCAACAGCUGCUGGCCUUGGAGCACUCGGCCCGUGCCGACCAUUUGAUGAGCAUCGUUGGUGAGAUGGAGUCAGCUGUUGCAAACCACACAGAGCUGGUGUUCGUCAAAGUGGAGACCCCACUGGUGCGUGCUGCACGAAAUGGCUGGUGGGUUGUAUUGAAAAACGCAAACUUUUGUCCCGCUGAUGUGCUCGCCCAGUUUGCCUGCUUGUUGGAAGAGCCCCGAACCCUGCCCAACACGGUCGCUGGUAACUUGCGUGACGUUCAUCCAAAUUUUCGGCUGUUUUUCACCAUCGACCCGACGCGCACACACGGGCAACCCGUAAGCCAGGAGAUUCGGCAACACUGCAUCGAAGUGGUUUGUCCCGGUUUCACUUGGCAAACGACCGCCUCAACUUCACGCAUGCCUCCUGCCAACCAUGAGGAUGGAGCCCGCCUCAGCCUGGCUGUUCAAACGAAUAUGGUGGCCGCCGGCCUUGACUCACCUCCUGUGGCAGCAUUCUUGGUCUGCCUCCAUCGAGAGUGCUGCAUGAAUCAAGCUUCGCAAGAGACAGGGUUGAGCAUCAGGACACUUUUCGAGCUAGCCCACUCGAUAGCUACCCGUGCAAAAAAGCUUCAAGACGGCUGCGACACUGCAGCGAUUGUCAUCACACACGUUCGAGAGGCUUAUCCAAUUCCCGCGGGGGAAGAUGCAGCCUUUCAGUUUCUCAAACGAGUUGCGCGAAAAGCAAAGGCAGCAAAGCCUGCUAAAAGUGCUCUGCAUGCUUUUGUGCGCAAUGAUGAAGGCAGAGCAAAGGUCUGGGAUGCCAUGUUUGCUGCUGUCUUGAGCUUCUGCGAAGCAAAGUUUUCGCAGACCAUGUGGCAAAAGUAUGCAGGCAAAGCACACGAGGUUUAUUUGCCACCACCAACAAGCAUAGGUCAGGAUGCAACCACAGCACGGCAAUUCAUAGCUAAUGCUCUGCGUGGAUGGCUCGGUGAGACCAAUCUACAGAAAGUCCCUGAGAUGAGUGAGCUUUUACAUAGCAAGGUUGUGCCGGCCCUUGAGCAAUUGCGCGCAUAUGUACGGAUGACCAAAAGUAUGCAGCAUCGUGAGCUCCUUGAGUCACUCGUCACUUGCAUGUGGAACGUGGCACACUGCAUUCAAUUCAGCACCCACGAACUCUCGGACGUGCGAGACCAGCUCAAAGCGCGACACUCGGAGCUUGAACACUUGCACGACCACGCCCUCAACUCGUCAGCGCAAGUGUCUGCCGCUAUUGUCAAUGCCAUGCUGGACACGGUGUUGUGUAUGCCUUUUUCGCAGCAUGAAAGCGAUGUAACGGUGCUUGAUGCCCUUGCCCAGAUGCAGACUUUUGCUCCCUAUGUAGAGCAGCUACAAAGAGCUAUCAGCAAGGUCAACUUGUAUGUUUCAUUUGGCAUCCAAUGCGCCAACGUUGGCUUGAAGAUCCCUACUUUUGAAGAAGAUGCUUUGGUGGACCAGGGUCAGGCAUUGAUCAAGCAUCUUAUUUUUGCAACUCGGGUGCUCAAAGGCCACAGAGUGCUUGCUUUGACUCUGUCGGAAUCAGGCAUUCAAGAGCGCUGCCAGGAGCUUCGGGAAGAAGAGCGACUGAGCCGCGAAUGCAACGAGGAUCUGAUUCAACUGGAAGGCAGUCUCCAACAGCUAUUGAGCAAAAUUGGGCAUUGCGAGAUUCGAGCACACCUUGAAGCAGUAGCCCGUCAGCAACCCAGCUGCCUGCCACUUCACUUUGUCAUGGACCAAUCUGAGAUGUCAGUCAUCCAAGAGCAGUUGGCCUCCUUUGAUCAGCUGCAAGCCGAUUUGGUGCGCGUCACAGGCAACGCUGAAGAAGCGAAGCGUAGACGCGAUGAUGCCCUGCAAGCUGCACAUACAGCUUUGGAUCGAACUUUGCAGUGCUAUCAAGACGUUGUUGAUGAAGUCUCGCAGUGGGACGACACAAGCAGCACCAAUGUCACAGAGUGCCUCCAACCCGGCUUUGCACGUGUUUACCACAUGCUUGGCCUUUUGCAAGAAGCCAUCCUCGGGGUUGAGCGGGCUAUCCAAGAGUUGCGUCAGGAUGCUCAAGAUUCGGACAAGUUCUUGGCCUUUAUCCAAGCUCGCAAACGUCAUGAGCAAGCCGCCCAAGCCCUGGGUUUACCAAGUACAAGCAGUGUUGCAGUUCUUGAAGAACUUUUGGAUGCGGUGCACAGGGAGGCAAUUUGCCGAUCUGAGUCCUUGUGCCUUCGGGCUAGUUUGGGUUACUGUCCGACGGACGCAGGCAUUGGUGAAAAGGCCCUUUUGCAAGAGUGCAUCCAACAUGUUUGCCUCAGGGACAUGCAAGUGGAGUAUAGCCUCUUCAUUUACGAACUGAUCAAACGACCCGUGCCCAGUCUACGAGCAACCAAAGGCAUUGAAAAUCUAUGUGAGUUGCUUGCUGGCGUACCAGAAAAUGCGCAACAGAUCCAAGACCAGAUGAGGGCCUUGGUACAGGUGGACCCUGGUUUUGAGUCCGAUAUGUUGCAUUUGGAGCAGUUGCUGAAACCGCGCCAACAGGAAGACUCGGCAAGCACUGAGGCACACAAAGUCUUUGACAGCGUUGUUGAAGACCUCCAAAAAAUGCUGCGCAAAGCACCAAGGGAAUCUCCCCUCGCAAAGUUCCUCGAGCACGCGUUGAAAAACUUGAAAGAAGCAAAGAGCACUGACUUGUCCCCUGACAUACUGUUGCAGAUACAACAAAACGCUCAAGAGUACUCAGCUAUUGCGCUUCCCGAUUACGAGUUGCCAGCUACAAGCAAAGAAUCGAUUGAAGCCGCCAGGGACUACUUGUUGUCUUCCUUCUCGCCAACCACAUUUGAAGAUUAUGAAGCCGCUUGUUUCAAGGCCCACAAGGCAGCCCCAGCACCAGACUCGCCUUUGGCAGAUUGGGCGGCUUGGCUUGAGCAACGAAUUGCGUUCUUUCAAGCACGAACUGCAAUGCAAAGCUGCUUUGAAAGGCUUCUGCAGCGCAUUCAAACAGCCCCAGCCAACAUCGUGAUCGGCUGCUUGCAUGUGGUGCAUGAGAUACGCAGCUGCAUGGCAAAGCCGCGCCGAGAUGUAGCGCCUGCACUGUAUGAGCUGGACGCCGCAACCAAAGCAACAUUACUCGGGGCUUUACCAUUCAGGUCGGCCCCGGAUACUUCUGAAGAUGCAAAUGCAGAUGCCUGUACCACGAUUUCAUCACUGCUGAUUGAGCUUGCAAGUUCGGAACAAGUGUUUGAUGAGGCGGCCAUCCGAGGCCAGCGAGUCAGCGACAUCCACAAGGAAUUGAUCAAUUUUUUGGCAGCCGAUCAGAAUUCUGAAGCAACGCAAAGUGCGCUACAGGAGUUUGUCUCGCGACAUGAACAGCUUUUAUCAUCUCCGUUCAAGCUUUCGUUCCGUGUCUAUCAAGCUGUGCAAACUUGGACAUCCUUGCCUUUGCCAGAAAUGAGCUGGGGUGCGCAAGAGUCCGACGCCAUUUCGACUGACAACGAAACUGCCUGUGAGUUGAGACGCGUCAUGCGUCUGGGAGGUGGAGUUCAAGCUUUGGUAGCCAAGCUGUCCUCAAUCUCCUCCAGAACCGGGCGUGGGUCUUCCAUGGCAAAGCGCAUUCUGCGGGCAUUGCAUUUGCAAGACCACUCGAUGCACGCCGCUUUUGAGCUCCCAAAGUUCUAUGAUCACACCGCCGUUUUUGAUGCGUGUGAUCUCCUGUUGAAGCUGCAGGUGGCAAGCUUGUGGCCAACUCAGACGGCGCACUCCACUGAGCCUGUGACGAGCUUCUUGUGGGCCUUCCUGACCCCAUCCCACGUUGAAAGCUUGGCGCCUGUUGCAGAGCCUAGCCCUCACCACGCUGCGCUGAAGGAAUGGUCCCCCGUUGAAAAACAUUGGUGCCCAUCAGCAUCUUUGGGAGAUUCGGACGAGGCGGCUGAGUGGGGCACGCGCGUGUUCCUGCUGCUCAAGUUGUGGCCCGCAUAUUUUUCAGCAUGUGCGGCGAGCGGCACGUCUUCAGAGUUGGAGCAAGAGGCUCGUCUACUCAUGUUGGAACAGUUGCCUGGGCUUGUUCUUAAAUACCUGCAGCACAUUGUCACCGAGACAGCACACUUGUUUUCCUCUGAUUUGUUGACCGCCUAUGGUUCGCUCGAUUUGACCAGCUGUACCCUCGAUAGUCCAAUCUUGCACCAGCCACUCAGCGCUGUGCAGCUACUCAACAGCGUCAACGUGCAGCUCCAGAGAGAAAAAAGCACUCUGGGCGAAAAGCUACAAAAUGCUCUGCAAGAGGUGAAAGACUUGAUGCGUCAUACCGGCACCCACAUUCGCGGGGGUCGAGCCGAGAAAGCGCGCGAGGAGCUUCAACAGCAGGUGCGGGGCGUAGUGCUCGACGGCUGGGAGUACUCAUACGCAAAGAAUGAGGCCUUUGCGUGGCUGAAGAAGGAAGAAGCCAAUUUUGAUGGAGAUGUGCCUCGCGAGGUGUACAUGUACCGUGUUGUGUUUCAUGUGAAACCUUCAAGUGCUGCUUCUGUGCGAGAAUCGGUAAAUGUCCAGGGUAUUGGCUAUUCUCCUGUUCAUUUUAUCAUUGGCGACGAACGCGGAUGCCAUUUCAAUCUGUUGGAGUAUCGCGGUCCUUUAAUCAGCAUUACACUGCGACAUCAGGAGGAUCAGAACAUCCCAUGGUGGUAUUGCAACCGCCUAUACAUCACGUCAAGCCGAGUUGCAUGGGGGCCAGUUGCCCGAAAUGACAGCUGGUAUUACCUCAAGCGCAAAGUUGAGCAAUGCCCUCGGCCCAUCGCUUUGGACAAGCAACUGGACGAGCUUGUCAAGCAGUUUACCAGCCUGGAAGACACCAGCCUCGCCGCUAGCAAAUGGGGAGAGAAUCUCAAGCAAUGCCUGUCCAGCACUCACAACAAGCAACUGCAGGGCGUAUAUGCACAGCUCGAAGCUGAUCGGUUCAUACGUCAGGCUCAGCUUAAGGCUGAACUCCGAAAGCCCGUUGAACUGGAGGCCAACGCCAGCGCCAAACGAUUGCGCACUCACGCCAGCAUUGUGACCGAGUGGUCGCAAAAGGCAUCCGAAUGCUUAGCCGCGCCCAAUUUGGCACGUGCUUGUCUAGAGCAGAGGCGAAUGCAGAGCGGGCAAGGUGCUGAGCUGGUUUUUGACUGUGAGAAUGAGCUCCCGACGGCACAGCUCGUCUUUGUCCCCGAGCUUUGGAAGGUGAGCACAGUCCAGCAACUGAGCGUGCGCUUGAUCAACAAUACGGGCUCUCGCCUGCGCUUUCGGCUUGUGGGAUCUCUGAAGAACUUUUCACACGACUUUGCCGUGCAAGUUGGCUCCAUCGACGACGGUGCUGAAGAGGUCCUAAACGUAACUUUUACGCCGCAGCAUGCAAACCUUUGCGAUGAAGUCCUGCAACUCGAUUGGACGCUUGACGGCGGUGCGUUUGCUGAGGCAUCUGCAGAGGUCAAUUCUCUUGAAGAAGAUAGCGAUGAUGAUUUGUUGGCCGAGGCGCCAGCUGUCGCCUUCCGCAAAGGUUGUGCAACUGUUCGGCUCUUGGGAGCAGCAGUCUUGCCAGCUCUGAAAGUAAGCACGCAAGCGCUAGAACUGCCAGUGGUGCGCUGUGAUGCAGAAGAGUGCGCCCCUGAGCCCGGGUUUAUUGAAAUUUCAAGCCAAUGCCAACUCCCCCUGCAAAUUGCAGCGGUGCUCAAGUGUGAAGCGGAGGAGGGUCUAUUUGCUUUCGGGGAAGAACGCACUGCUGUUUCGACCGCUCCUCAGCGGCUGAUCAUGGCACCUUCCGAAAAAGUCCGUCUUGUCAUUACUCCCCAAAUCUCAAAGGCCUGGCAAGAGCGUGGUGGCACCAUGCAUGGCGAACUUCACCUCUACCUUGACCCAUCCCAAAAGCAACAUUUUGUUGUUGUUCCCCUGUCUUGUCGGAUUCUGCGUCCCAGACUGCGUCUCGAGCUUAGAAGCCCAACGGGCACGGUGAUUGAGAUUGCAACAGAUGCCACCACUGAUGUCGAGUGUGCUCCCUUUCGACCGUGGGCACCGCAAUCGUGGCAGCUGAUGGUGCACAACGACGGUGAUCUACCUCUGCGCGUCCACCAGCUUGAGUUGAGCGAGCGGCCUGGCCAGCUUCGGCUCCAAGCCCCUGUUAAAAGAAAUGUGAGCAUUCUACCAGGUACACACAAACUCACCGACUUGAAGUUGGAGGUGGAUGGGUGGCGUCACUUUGUUUUUCCCAUCGACCAAUCUGUCAACGUGUGGACCAACGAUCCCUCGACACCUCGGGUCGACUGGCGAAUGAGGUCGAAAUUUGAGGGCACCGAGCUUACAUUGCUCUCACCACGCGAGAACGUGUGCAAACUUGAAGUGAAUGAUGCCCUGAAAGGUUUUGAUCUCGAGCUGAACAUCAAGAACAAAGGUGCCUGUAGCGCACAGCUUCUUCACGUGUCCACAUCGCCUGGUCUCCAGGCUCAACUGCCCACAUCCACGCGCACAAUCUCCGCAAAUCAGAUGAGCAAGAUUCAACUUCACUGCCGUCUACUUCAAGAACGCGGUGGUGAAUUUGACAUCAGUGUUGUAACGACCGCGGUCAACAAAGAGCUCAAGCUGAAGUUACGAGUGACUUUGCACCAACCAGAACUGGAAAAGUUACCUGAAAUUUGGUCUUUGGGCGCCUUGACUCGCUCGUGCUCUCCGUCUUUGGCUCUACAAAACAUCGGUGGCUCCCCACUUGUUGUCAAGAUUGACUUGUGUCUCGAAGCUUGUUCAGCAAAUGCCAGGCGCGCCCACGCGGAAUCCGAAGCAGGCGACCACGCCAUCAAGGUCACCAAACUUGGCCUGAUCAAGUCAAUCAGGCUGACAAACCGGCUUGAAAUCCCGCCGCAAGGAAGCCGUCCGCUCACUAUAAAUUUGAAGCUGCCUGAGAACCAAAAGGAGUGGGAGAAACAACUGGAACGCGCCCUUGACCAGCUUCCGAUGAACAUGCUGUAUCAAAUUGUGCUGCGUUUGACCACGAAUGAAGUGGUCGCAAAUGAGCAUGGCGAGUCUGGGCCAGCAAUCUAUCAUCUUGCACUUCAGAUGGCCGUCAUGCCCCAGCCCAGCGUCCCACGCUCAUACACGGCUGCUAUUGCAGAAGGCAGUGAUAACUUUGAAGACGGCGUCUUGAUGGCUCUCAGUGGAUGCAAUGGCACCGUUUCCAAGGAGGCUUCGCAAGCCUUGACAAACGCCUUUGGCUUUGAACCCCAACGCUGGUCUAAGAGUACAACAAAUAACUUGCUCGCUGAACUUACUGAGCACGACUUAUCAACUGACCAGGCCAUCCUUGCUUCUGCUGACGCUUGGAGUCCUGACAGCGUCGUUCAAGGCUAUUUGCUGGCCUUGCAACUGACGGGCGCUGCAUCUCCUCACGUCGAUCGAUGGCGGGAGAGGGAUGAAGAGUUAUCUCUACCACAGUUGAAGGAGAAAAUUCGCGCGCUGGUCCUUGAUGACCCGGGUCAGUAUCCUUUGACUGCUCUAGCACUCAGUAACACAGAUCGGCGCGAAUGCUGUCUACGCGCUUUGCAAAACGAUGUGCACUGCCCCAUUACGUCAAUUGCGCAAGUGCAACAAGCUUUGAAGCUGGACGAAAGUCGAUGGUACCGCUUCAUGGAAAAGUCGACGGAAGCGAUCAUUGACGACCUUGUUGGCUUCAAAUUGAGCCCGAUGUGGCCCCGAAUCUUGGAUGAAGCAUUUAGCAAGGAGCUCGAGGCUGACUUGUUGGUCUUGUACUGCAAUCGCAAGCUGGGUGUCACACUGACAUCGGAAGAGGCCAAUAUGUUACUGGUUGCAGAGCAUGAGAACUCACGAGAGAGCUGGUAUGAAGCCAUUCUGUGCAUUGGUGGUGCAAUUGUUGGGCCUGAAUCUCACUUCUCGCGGUCUGUUGAGCUCGCUCGACGCGGUCUGAAAGCCUCAGCAGAUGACCAGCUAGAGAGCAUUUUGCGGGCACUAUGGGUUGGGCUGGUCGGCCUUGGUGCUGUGAGCAGCAUCCCAGCGUGGCUGGAGGCAGAGUCCUCUGACGUCGUACAAACAGUGUGUGAGUUUUUUAAAGUGGACAAGCCUCAACGCACCCUUCAAGAUGUGCUCGUAGCGCUCAAGGACACAAGAUUCUUGUCAGGAGAGGAGCGCGACAAACUCAAGGACGUCUUGGAAAAUCGAAACUCACCUACAAGUCUAGCCUGGAUGCUGUUGCGGCUAAUUAUGCAGUAUUCCAAGCCCAGCACUUCACACGACGAGACGCUGUUGGAUGAACUAUUUGAUGCUGCAGAGGCGCUGUUGGCCAUAAACGAGCCGUGUCAUCAAGCCCUGGCCAUCGUGGUCGCUCAGAUUUCGUCUUCACGAUUAGAUGAGGAGGACGGCAAAGACAUCGAGGCAGCACAUGUGGAAGAGGAGUCCUUGCUUCAAGCGGCUAUGCCACAAAAGGCGGGGCUGAGAGGUUUGAUGACCAAGGCCGUGGCAGCCGUGGCAAGCGCGUUCAAAGGCAGCCAACCCGCGAAAAAGGCAAGGAAAGGGAAGAAAAACCAGAAGAAACACAAAAAGAAGAAAAUUGCAACUGCAGACCGGGGCAUGGCCGCAGCUUUGCACUUUGUCAUUGCAGUCCGCGGCCUCGACCACGAAGAGCUCACACAACAGCUGCAGCCGCUGCAAGCCUUCAAAGUGCACAACACAGCAAAAGAGCUUCUCAUUUCCUUGCAACUUUUGACCAAUGAUACCUGGGAGGCUGUGACAAACCUGACUUUAUCGACCAAUGCUAUCGAUCAGGCGCACGCCUUGGCCUGCUUUUUGCAAGACAAUAUUGCCUUGCAAUGCCUGGAUGACUUGACCCGGCCAUUAUCGCAACUGGUUUCUUGCGAUUGGUGGCCAGUUGAUGAUAUUUGCCAAGCCACGACAUUAAUGUUGCAUGAUGUACCUACAAUCGCCAUCUUGAGCACAUUUGCAAGCGAAGUCCCACGCCAAUCUCCACACGAUUUUUCGUCCGAUGAGCUCAAUGAUCUCGAGUGCACCAUCUGCAUGGAUAUUCCAACUGAUCCAAUUGAUGUUGCGGGCCAUGUCUUUUGCCGCAAAUGCAUUCUCAAGUGCGCACAUGACGGCCUUGCUCACCCCUUGACAGGAGCUCCGUUGCCUCCUGAAGCCGACCUGGCCGCUCAGCCCAAAAUAGCAAGCUUCGCCAAGCUUUGCCAAGAAAAACAGCGCAAAGUCCAACUGGCUCAAAUUUUCCAGAACGGUGUCUGGCCCGAAGUUCAAGCUUUACUUUGCGCAAGCCGCUGGCAAUGGCCUAAUGUACCUGCAACCGCGCGCCAUCAGCUGCCCUUUUUACAGAUGCCUGACAUGCCGCACACAGAUGCUUCAAUGGCUACGCCAACCUUGCACAGCAACUGGGAUGAGCCAAGCCAUGAUUAUCACCCGCCAGACAGCAACAGUAAUGAUGAGAAACCGCUCCUCGUCGCGUGGGCCGACCGUGCCAUUAGCGUAUUGAUUGCACCUCCGACGCAAGUGCAUCUUGAGACUUUGCGCGAGGAGCUGGCACGCACGAGCGUCUCGUUGACUCCUGAAACAGACCUUUGUGGGCCAACCGUGCCGUGGCAGUCGACCGCUGGAGAGCCCCUUGAGUCUCUCAGCGCCUUGUGCCAGUUUAUUGAAUGCAAUGAGCAAAGCAUGCAGGCCCUUUUGCAUAAAAUGGACGGUCUCGUAGCCAGUACUCUGCAUGAUCGACCUGCUCAACUGCUAUGGCAGCGGCUGUUGACAUAUCUGUGGAAUACAAAGACGGCAUUGCGACUCUCGCAGCUUCAAUCAAAGCACCUGCGCGAUUUGCUCGAGGGCUUGACCGCAACGCGAAGGCAUGAAAUCUAUCACACUUUUUUGAGCCUCGCCCCACCGAUGUUAAGCGAAAAUGAAGCCCAGCAAUUUGCACGGUGGCAAAACUGGCUGGCUUUGCCGGCCUCGCGUAUAUGUGCAUCCGAAGGCUUUGCAUGGCUUGAUGCCGAAGCGUCGGAGGCUGAGCUCCCCGCCUUUGACACGCCCCGGCAUCCAGCAACCUCCAUCAAGCGAGCGCAGCGCCAGUACAAGCAGCUCCAUGAUGUGCAAAACUCACGCCUACAGAAGUUGGGAGAUGAGCAGCGCGCCAAACAAGAGCUGGAGCGACUUGCAGGAUCGCGCUCACACGCAAGGCCGCACACCAACGUUGCACCUCAAGAUGAUUUAGCGCAACCUGUGUCCCAUGCGACCGUGCUGGAGAGUAAGGCCCUGCGUGCUGCCCUGAGUAGUAGCGCGCGUGUUGUGGAGGCUGUGAGCGAGCGAGCCGCGACGCAUGCUAGCACUGCUGGACCCGCCGUAGACUUGAGCAAGGUGCAACACAUUGCCUUUGAAGCAUCGCUCGGCUCUGAAAAGCGUGCGCCUCAGCGCGUUGCAGUAGAGCUCAAUGGAGAUUUGCUUCGAGCUGCACAAGAACAAUUUCGUCGCACACGAGGCAGGCAGGUCGUCCGGGCAGUGGGCUUGCUGGAUCCGGACGCCAAACUGAACGUCAUCGAGUUGGCCGACGCCAUGGACGGUGAUGAUCUUUACCAGAGCUGGAUUGCAAAGCUGAGUGGGCUUGCUCAGGACCAGAUCUUUGAUCUCACACGUUGCAUUACACGAGCCCUUCAAGACAAGCCUGGCCGCUCCGUUGCUCUGGAGCUUGUGUUGGUCGUAGACAAUUCUCUCUCCAUGGGUGGCCAAGAAGGGGCUCUUGCACGUUUUGCGGUUGGCCUGCUUCUGGAAGCUCUUCGCCGCCUGGAGCAACCCACGGCCGUCUUACGUUUUGCCGGACCCGGCGCAUUGACUCUUCUAAAGGGUUUUGACGUCCCUGCAUCCUGGGACGUUAUUGAGCAGGUCCUGCUGCGUAUGUCCUUCCAGCAAACUGGUACGGCCAUCGCCGACGCCGUGUCCAGUGCCGGUCGGCACCUGCGCAAACUGCGUGCCAAUCGAGCUGACACAGCUGUACAGACGGAGUAUGUGCAGUGUAUGAUGCUUGUGAGCGAUGGCAUUUCGGGACAAGCUCGCGUUUUGGAAUCCGAGGCCGAGUCUAGCUUGACCAAGGUGUUGCGAGACGUUCGUCAGCAAGGCGUGCAUUGCACCUGCUUGCAGGUCGCUUCCACGUCCGAGGAUUCGAACUCAAUGGCAACAGCUUUUGAAGAUCGCAUGGCACUGCAAGUUAUCGAACCUGCGGUGGCAAACAAGCUAGGAGGAAUGCUUGGUCAGCUUUUUGCUCAUCGAAUCAGAGAUCACUUGUUGCGUCAAAAAGUCACUACUCAGCCGUGCCCCGCCUUUCCGAAGCCUCGGUUGAGCUCGGCCCACACUUCCACGAAUGCACAGCUUCAGACAACGCAGUGGCUGCCCAAGUUCCGACGAAACGAGGGAGACACGCUGGUGCACUUUGAGCCGACCCAAACUGUACAGUCUCUGCGUCCAACGCCAUUUCUAACUUCCAAAGAAUUGGCACUUCUCGAGCGCGAGCAUAUCGAGCAUCGACAAACGGUGGACGUAGAUGCUCAGGCGCUUGAAUGGUGGGCACAAGCACGCCGCGACUUAUCGCUGCCCAUCAACGCAAUUGCCGAUGUGCUCGAGGAACGCCUGAAUGCCAAGUCAUCCGUUCGCAAGCGCACCGGAUUUAAGACAGGCAAAAGCAUUGAUCCUCAGCGCCUCAUGCAGUGCAAGGCCACCCACUGGACUUCCCAGGACUACUGGCAACGCUAUGUACCUGAAGGACGGCCGGCCUACAAGUUUGGGCUGGCCUGUGAUAUGUCAGAGUCUACCAACCUAGAUGACAUGCACGCUCGUCAAGCAGAGGCCGUGAUCACGCUGCUAGAAGCCUUGACAAACUUUGGCAUUCAUGAUGCACUCGUAUACGGGUUUGGCAAUGACGAUGUAGUGCUGGCCAAGGAGGCCAGUGAGCGUCUGGACGACAAAGUGAAAUCGGCCAUCGUACACUUGCUGGCCCAUGCCGGCACUGCUGGGGCUAGCCGAACACCUUUGGGCCAAGCCAUUUGUGCCGGGGUAGAUAUGCUUGUCCAAUCGACGCUGGCAAACGAGACCGGCUUUCUUUUUGUGCUGGGAGAUGACGGCAACAAUUGGCUCACCCCUUCGGCCAAGGACUAUGCUGCCCAACACGGUGUGCAAGUGAUUCGCCUCAAGCUCGGCACUAGCCCAAGACAUCGUGAGGCCGAGGUGCUGAAUGUCAUUGAAGCGCCUUCUGUUUUUGAAUUAACUGGUGGUCUCGACGCACUGUUAUCGCAGUUCAACGCAAACACACCCAUCAGCAGCACGCAAAGUUCUCACGAUUCAGUCCUUCCACCAGCCCCCGACGAUCUAUUUGAAAAAGUUGAGCGUGUCUUGAGCCAGCCUAGCCCCAUGACGGCCACGCUUGCAGCCCAGGCGGAGGCGAAUCAGCUGACGGAAAUCCAUGUCGAGCUGACCCGGGGAGCUGACAGCACCUUCAACGUGGACGUCGACCUGGCUCUUGCAAUGGAUUGCACGGGAUCGAUGGGCUCAUGGAUCGCAGCGGGCAAAAGCCAGUUGGCACAGAUUGUUCAGCACGUGCAAAAUCAAGUUCGCGAGCGCUUUGGAGAACUGGCGUCACCCCGUAUUCGUGUUGGCUUUGUGGCUUAUCGUGACUACAGUGACGGCCCAAACUUGGUCGAUUCGAUCGAUCUGACAACCAAUGUGCAACAGGUCAUCGCUAAAAUCAACGCUCAGGUGGCCACCGGCGGCGGUGAUGGCCCCGAAGAACCGGCAACUGCGUUAGAAUUGAUUGCGGAGACUUUCAGCUGGCGGGCAGAGAGCAUGAAGUUGUUAUGUCUCGUGGCUGAUGCCCCUCAACACGGCCAACCGUUCGUGAGCUCGGGUGAUAGCUACCCUGCUGGACCUCCCGCGGGCUUUCCCAAGCAUGGCCAGUCCCACCUCACCCGAGUUCAAAACGCGAUGCGUCUCUUGAAAGAGAAAAAUGUGCGUUUCACCUUUGUGCACAUCAACUCAUACACGGAUGCCUUCGAGACAGCCCUUGCUGGGAUGUAUCCCGCCGAAGAAUUUCGCAUCCUCAACCUGGGUGACAAACCUGAGGCGCUGGGAGGGUCACUUCAGGAGCAGCUCAGCAUUAUGCUGGCAGAUCUUGGGUAG